AUUGAUUACGGAUAGUCUGUCCCAGACCUGGCAACCUGCACGCUGUUCACUCACUGGGAGGCGCUAGUCCGCAGUAGUUUCUGGAAAGAACCUCAUGCUGGUAUCAUGGACAAAGUUUCAGUAUUGAAAGACCAAGGCAACAAGGCACUGAGUGCAGGAAACAUUGACGAGGCCGUGCGGUGCUACACUGAAGCUUUGGCCCUCGACCCUUCAAACCAUGUCCUGUUCAGUAACCGAUCCGCUGCCUACGCCAAGAAAGGCAACUACGAGGAUGCUCUCCAGGAUGCCUCUCAGACCAUCAAGAUCAAGCCUGACUGGGGAAAGGGCUACUCCCGCAAAGCUGCUGCUUUGGAAUUUCUCGGCCGAUUGGAAGAUGCUAAAGGAACUUACCAUGAGGGACUCCGACAAGAGCCUAAUAAUCAGCAGCUGAAAGAGGGUUUACAGAACAUUGAAGCCCGCCUCGCAGAGAAAUCCAUGAUGAACCCCUUUGCUAUGCCCAACUUGUAUCAGAAGCUGGAGAAUGAUUCUCGGACGCGGGAGUUAUUGUCAGAUCCCACCUACAGAGAACUGCUGGAGCAGCUCAGGAGCAAACCAUCGGAGCUUGGGACAAAGCUGCAAGAUCCCAGAGUGAUGACCACACUCUCUGUGUUGCUCGGACUCAACCUCUCUGAGAUGGAGGAAGAAGAUGAGCCCACCCCACCUCCUCGGCCCAAACCCAAAGAGACUCAGCCUCCUCCACCCAAAGAGGAAGACCUUCCAGAAAACAAGAGAAAGGCCUUGAAGGAAAAAGAACUUGGGAAUGCUGCUUAUAAGAAUAAGGACUUUGAAGCAGCACUGAAACACUAUGAAGAGGCAAUCAAACAUGACCCCACCAACAUGAUGUACAUCUCUAAUCAAGCAGCCGUCUACUUUGAAAAGGGAGAUUAUGACAAGUGCCGAGAACUGUGUGAGAAGGCCAUUGAUGUUGGCAGAGAGAACCGAGAAGACUACAGACAAAUUGCAAAGGCCUUGGCUCGGAUUGGAAAUUCAUACUCUAAGCAGGAAAAAUACAAAGAAGCGGUUCAGUAUUACAACAAGAGUUUGACAGAGCAUCGUAUUCCUGAAGUCUUGAAGAAGUGUCAGCAGGCAGAAAAGAUCCUGAAAGAGCAGGAGAAAGUUGCCUAUAUUAACCCAGAUCUAGCCCUGGAAGAGAAGACCAAGGGAAACGAUGCCUUCCAGAAAGGUGACUAUCCCUUAGCCAUGAAACAUUACUCUGAGGCAAUCAAGAGGAACCCAAAUGAUGCCAAACUCUUCAGUAACAGAGCUGCCUGCUACACAAAGCUGUUGGAGUUCCCACUUGCCCUCAAGGAUUGUGAAGACUGCAUCAGACUUGAGCCCUCAUUCAUAAAAGGCUACACACGUAAAGGAGGUGCUUUGGAAGCCAUGAAAGAUUAUUCCAAAGCUAUGGAUGCUUACCAGAAGGCAUUGGAGCUGGACUCUUCCUCAAAGGAAGCCACAGAAGGCAUGCAGCGCUGUAUGGUCAGUCAGACCAUGAGGAACGAUAGCCCUGAGGACGUGAAGAAAAGGGCCAUGUCUGACCCCGAGGUGCAGCAGAUAAUGUCCGACCCGGCCAUGCGCAUGAUCCUUGAGCAAAUGCAGAAGGACCCUCAGGCGCUCAGCGACCACUUAAAGAAUCCAGGUAUCGCUCAGAAGAUUCAGAAACUCAUCGAUGUUGGACUGAUAGCCAUUCGUUGAUGAGAGAUGGUCCAGACGUGUGAAGAAACUCCCAAGGCUAAAGUGGAACAACAUGCAAAACCCUCUGAAAUAUAACAUCCUAUUUUCUUGCCUUCAAAUUCAAAAUUAUAUUGUCCUUAAUCUCACAGAGAAUAAGUGUGUAUGUUAUGUUUUUUUUAAACUUCACAACUUUUACAUUGUAUCUAAGAAAGCAUCUUGUUGUCAUCUGGAAACCUUGAAAACUCCAGUAAAAUCUGGAUUUGUGAACAGAUGCUUGAUUACAUCUUAAAAUAAACGUCUCAAUGCAGUGCACCAGUAUGUUCAGUGUUUGAAGGGGAAAUCCACCCUAAAGCGGUUCACACAUUCCUGUCGCCAUAUGAAAGUGUUGUGAAAAUGAAAGAUUAAAAAAGAAAAUAAUUA